GCCCGCGGCCCCGCACACCCAGCGCCGGCACCGGCUCGAGCUCCCCACGCCAGAGCCCUGGCGCUGCACGUCCAGGGCUGCGCUGCCGGGCGGUCGGCACCCGCCUGCGGGAGCUGUGCCCAGGCCGCAGCCGGUGGAGCCGGACUAGGUCCUGGCCGUCCUGCCCCAGGAGAUGAGUGGGGACGUGGCGUGGAGACCUGCACCGAGGCGGUGGCCCUGUCAGACGGGCCUCGGCUGGGGCAGCUGCGGGCAGGGAAGCUUCUUGUCCGACAAUGUCGUUCUCUUCCCUACCCGCAGGUGCAGAGACCAUGAGCAGAGCUCAUCAGCUGCCUCCCGAAGAAAGGCCUGCAAACCUGGAGCUGCCCAGGACUCCCCCAGGGAGGCUGGGGGAGAGCAUGGAGCUCCGGGAGGCCUUUGAGGACGUGGCUGUGUAUUUCGCGUGGGAGGAGUGGGAGCUGUUGGAAGAGGCAGACAAGGGGCUUUACCGCGACCAGAUGCUGAGGAACUUUCAAGCCCUCGUUUCCCUGGGAUAUCAAGGCCCCACACCCGACUUAAUCAGCUGCAUCCAGCAAGGACAGGAGGAACUCUGGGUCUGUGGUGAUGAGGACCAUGGAAAAAUGUCAAGCUCUGAGGACCUGUGGCUAGGGGAGAAGCCACAUCAGUGCUCUGACUGUGGGAAGAGCUUCACCCAAUCCUCCAGCCUGACAAGACACCAGCGCAUCCAUACAGGGGAGAAGCCACAUCAGUGUUCUGAGUGUGGGAAGAGCUUCACCCAGUUCUCCUACCUGGCCAGCCACCAGCGCAUCCAUACAGGGGAGAAGCCACGUCAGUGCUCAGAGUGUGGAAAGCGAUUCAGUGACUCCUCCAGCCUGACCAAACACUACCGCAUCCACACAGGGGAGAAGCCACAUCAGUGCUCUGACUGUGGGAAGAGCUUCAGCCGUUCCUCCAACCUGGCCAUGCACCGGCGCCUCCACACUGGGGAGAAGCCACAUCAGUGCUCUGAGUGUGGGAAGAGCUUCACACAGUCCUCCAGCCUGACCAGCCAUCAACGCAUCCACACAGGGGAGAAGCCUCAUCAGUGCUCAGAGUGUGGGAAGAGAUUCAGCGACUCCUCCAGCCUGACCAAACACUACCGCAUCCACACUGGGGAGAAGCCACAUCAGUGCUCUGACUGUGGGAAGAGCUUCACCUGUUCCUCUGACCUGGCCAUGCACCGGCGUAUCCACACAGGGGAGAAGCCACAUCAGUGCUCUGAGUGUGGGAAGAGCUUCACACACUCCUCCAGCUUGACCAGCCACCAGCGCAUCCACAAAGGGGAGAAGCCUCAUCAGUGCUCUCAGUGUGGGAAGAGCUUCAGAACGUCCUCGAGCCUGACCAGCCACCAGCGCAUCCACAAAGGGGAGAAGCCACAUCAGUGCUAUGUAUGCGGGAAGACCUUCACCCAGUCCUCCAGCCUCAGCAGCCACCAGCGCAUCCACACAGGGGAGAAGCCUCAUCAGUGCUCCUACUGUGGGAAGAGCUUCACCCAGUCAUCCAGCUUGUCCAUCCACCAGCGGAUCCAUACAGGGGAGAAGCCACAUCAGUGCUCUGAGUGUGGUAAAAGAUUCCUGCAUUUCUUCUGCCUGACGAAACACCAGCGCAUCCAUACAGGGGAGAAGCCAUAUCAGUGUUUUGAGUGUGGGAAGAGCUUCACCCAGUCAUACAACCUGGCCAGCCACCAGCGCAUACACACAGGAGAGAAGCCACAUCAGUGCUCUGUGUGUGGGAAGAGAUUCAGCGAGUCCUCCAGCCUGACCAAACACUACCGCAUCCACACUGGGGAGAAGCCACAUCAGUGCUCUGAAUGUGGGAAGAGCUUCACCCGUUCCUUCAACCUAGCCAUGCACCAGCGCAUCCACACGGGGGAGAAGCCAUAUCAGUGCUCUGUGUGUGGGAAGAGCUUUACCCACUCAUUCAGCCUGGCCUACCACCAGCGCGUCCACGCAGGCUAGAAGCCAUAUUGUUGCUUUGUGUGAGGAGAGCUUUGCCAUAUUCUCCCACUAGCCUGGAAGGUCUUGCUUCUCAGCCUCCUUCCAGAAGGAUGCAUCCUUGGGUACGUUUUACUCCCCUGUCCUCUUGCCCUUCACUGCACUCUCUGUAAUGCAAUUUCUGCUGAGAAAGCUGAAGUACUGAACAUGGUAUCCCUAUGGCUGGGCUCUGUGCCCUCUCCUGAACUAAGGGGGACUGAGAAGAGUCCAGAACCCUUUUUAGGGCAGAUCUUUCUGUGAGUUGCCAGCCUCUUCCCUUUUCCAAGGGUUCACCACUGUUCAGGGUUUGUUGCAAACUCUCAAGACACCAGAGUUAGUCACAUUUGAGGCCUCACUCCCAUUUACUGCUGUGCAGCCAGGACCCUGCCACAGGAGGUGCAGGCUGUGACAGGUCCUGCCUCCUGUGGAAGGGCACAGAGGGUAUGAGGAUAUCCUGUCAGUGAGAUGCAGUGUGUUUGUCUUCUGGGAAAUUUUACCUGAUUGCUAGUGUCUCUGUAUACUGUAUCUCAUGCAGAGAAACUUGCUGUGGCUUCUCUUGUUCUUCUCCAGGUAAAAUGCAGAGCCCCAGAGACAUCCUGGGUGUAACACCCUGGGAUUCUGCCCCACCUCUGGAACUACCACCUCCCCACUACCCCUCCCAAAUAGACUUUUGUGAGAGCAGAGACACGGGUCACUCUGGGGUGCUCGACCAGCUGGAAAAGCAAACUCGGGUAUCUGUUUGUUUUGAGGGCACAACCCUCAGCUUCUGCUCAUCUGACAAGGAGCCACCCAGAGCCCAAGCUGCCUCUGUCUCCUCACUAGAGAGAGAGAGAGAGAGAGAGAGAGAGAGACAGGACCCAGGGGAGGGUAUAUACCAUGUGGGUGUGAGAGCACACUAGAGUCCUAUGUCCCAUUUCUCCUGGUACAGGGAAGGUUUCUGCCUCUUGUCCAUUGCCAAACACCCUCCACAUUCUCCAUGGACCUCAGCAUCACUGCACUUGGGUUUCCAGAGCUGGAUCUCCUUUGGGGAGCGACACCUCUAAAGGUUUCCUGAAAGAGACAUCUGGGUGUGGGGGUUUGUGGCAUCAUGAGUUCAAACAGCCACUAGUUGGGGGUGAACUGGAUGUAGCUAUGCCUGUGUUCUGCUAGGGGUCUUUCCCAGGCUUCUGAGCUUUGCUGGUUGCCACACAGAGCUAGAUGGGAAUCCCACCCUCAACCCCCCCUUCUGCUACAUGUAUCAGGGGGUUUCCUGUUCUUAAACCUUCCUCUGAUGCAUUGGGGGUGUCGGCUCUGAGCUGUGCUAAGCCUUUCUGGAUAGGACUCUACAUAAGGGUAGUAGCAGUCAUGACUGGUGCUAUCAGACCUACAGUUAUGAUUGGUGGUGUUAUUUAUCAUAAUAUAAAUAGAAAUAAUAAUCUUAUUGCUAUAAUUACUGCUUCAGUGAUAAUAGCAGUGCUAGCAGUAAUGCCAAGAACAGUAGUAGUAAUGAUAUUAUUGCUAUGGCUCUCUCUAUUAUAAUAGCAAUUGUGCUAAUAGGAUUACUAAUGUUGCUUCUACUCUGGGUAUUGCUGUUAUUUCUUUUAUUAUUAUAGCAGUAGUAGUAACAAAACUAUUAUUUCUACAACCAUUGCUAUUAUUAGUGCUACCACUAUGGCUAUUAAAUUUAAGAAUGCUACUACUA